CAGUUCACAUGUAUUCCUGUAACCUGUGAUGUCUACCAGGAUCAUUCGUGCUCAAGCAUGUGGCGGACUAACACGUAUCUGCCGAACUGUCCGCCAUUCUGCUGACGUUUGUGUAUGUGUAUGAUAAUGUGUAUAGUGUUGUGUGUGUAGAUAACUGAGAAUUAAUAUUAUUUCUAGUCCAAGUACUUUAAAACAAUGUUAAUACAGUCCCCUUGACUUGCAAUAUAUAGUAGAGCUAGAGUGAACGUAGAGUGAAAAGAAAAGAAAAGAGAUAAAGGCUUAGAGAUGGACACAAGAAAUGAUGGACUCGGUGAUGACAUCGAACUGAGCGUUCAGGGAGCAAGCAAAUCCAGCGACUCACCAAAGAAAUCGGCAUUGCCGGAGAGAGGUUCAUGGGGUAGCAAGUUAGAUUUUAUUCUAUCUGUGGUGGGAUUGGCUAUCGGUUUGGGCAAUGUGUGGCGGUUCCCAUACCUCUGCUACAAGAAUGGAGGAGGCGCUUUUCUCAUUCCCUACUUCCUCACAUUGUUCCUGGCUGGUAUCCCCAUGUUCUUCAUGGAGCUGGCCAUGGGACAAAUGCUUACGAUCGGCGGUCUGGGAGUGUUCAAGAUUGCGCCGAUUUUUAAAGGAAUCGGAUACGCCGCGGCUGUCAUGUCCUGUUGGAUGAACGUUUAUUACAUCGUGAUUUUAGCAUGGGCCAUCUUCUACUUCUUCAUGUCUAUGCGCUCUGACGUACCAUGGCGUGACUGCGACAAUUACUGGAACACAGAUACCUGCGUUAAUCCAUACGACCGUAAGAACUUAACUUGCUGGUCCUCAAUGGAUAUGACCACGUAUUGUACCCUGAACGGAAAGAAUAUCAGCAAGGCCCUCCUUUCUGAUCCUGUCAAGGAAUUCUGGGAACGACGAGCUCUACAAAUCUCGAGCGGCAUAGAACACAUUGGUAACAUCCGUUGGGAGUUGGCUGGUACACUUCUUCUGGUCUGGAUCCUGUGCUACUUCUGCAUUUGGAAGGGAGUGCGCUGGACUGGAAAAGUCGUCUACUUCACAGCGCUGUUCCCGUACUUCUUGCUAACUGUAUUGCUUAUUAGAGGAAUAACUCUUCCCGGCGCAAUGGAGGGAAUAAAGUUCUACAUAAUGCCGAACAUGUCAAAGUUAUUCGAGUCUGAAGUAUGGAUCGACGCGGUCACUCAAAUCUUUUUCUCGUAUGGUUUGGGUCUGGGAACUCUUGUUGCACUUGGAAGUUACAACAAGUUUACUAACAACGUUUAUAAAGAUGCCCUGAUAGUCUGUACAGUGAACUCUAGUACAUCUAUGUUUGCUGGUUUCGUGAUCUUCUCUGUAGUUGGAUUCAUGGCUCACGAACAGCAGAGACCGGUGGCUGAAGUGGCUGCAUCAGGACCUGGAUUAGCUUUCUUAGCAUAUCCAUCGGCCGUACUCCAACUACCCGGAGCCCCAUUGUGGUCAUGCCUGUUCUUCUUCAUGCUGCUCCUCAUCGGUCUGGACAGUCAAUUCUGCACCAUGGAAGGCUUCAUCACAGCUGUGAUCGACGAAUGGCCGAAACUACUCAGAAGGAGGAAGGAGAUUUUCAUCGCUAUUACGUGUGUCAUAUCAUAUUUGGUUGGGUUGUCUUGUAUUUCGGAGGGUGGUAUGUAUGUCUUCCAAAUUCUGGACUCCUAUGCUGUAUCUGGCUUCUGCUUAUUGUUCCUGAUCUUUUUCGAGUGUGUGUCGAUCUCCUGGGCGUUUGGAGUGAACCGGUUCUACGAUGGUAUCAAAGAGAUGAUUGGCUACUACCCAACUAUCUGGUGGAAGUUCUGCUGGGUCGGAUUUACACCUGCUAUAUGUAUUAGCGUGUUUAUAUUCAACUUGGUACAAUGGACUCCGAUUAAGUACAUGAACUAUGAGUAUCCCUGGUGGUCUCAUGCCUUCGGUUGGUUCACUGCUCUAUCGUCUAUGCUGUGCAUCCCUGGGUACAUGAUUUAUCUGUGGCGAGUCACUCCAGGGACACCAAUGGAGAAAUUCCAUACGAUCGUUCGAAUCCCCGAAGACGUACCUGCCUUACGGACAAAGAUGCAGGCUGAGGAGAUAGCCAAGCACGGCAAGGCCUAAAUGGAAUUAGAUGAACAAGACAAACGCACAAUUUAAACGUGCCAUAUUACCAUAUAACCAUUAUUUACUUAUAUUACUUAUUAGUCAAUUAAUUAUGUAAUUAUUACGUUUUGGGAGCGUCGCGACGCGUUCAUGUUCUACUAUAUUUACAAGUAAGUUAGUUAAAACGGGUUUCAAAUAGUUAAUCUAUAUAUUAUAGUUAUUGUCUUCCAUUUAGGAUGCUUUAAGUGUUUUUUUAUGUGUAGCUUGUAGUUUUAGAAUGCGUAAUCACUUUUAUUACUAGUAUAUUUCGAUUUUUAAUAGUGGUUUUAAAAACCCUCUUAUUUAUAAAAACUAUUUCAAAACUGUUUUAAUCUCAUGAUAUAGAAGUGAUUUAGUUAAAACAGUUGUUUUAGUUUUUAUUAAUAAGUGUUUAUUAUAGGAAUGUGUAAUCGUGUAUCGGUGUAUUCUAACAAAAUAUUUCCAUAGCAUUACCAAAGAGUUUAUAACAUUUUAGAUUGUGUAUUUUGAGUUAUUUGUAUAUUUUUAUUAAGAAUCACAUAUCGUUAAGUAAGAGUUUUGGUUUAGCUUUAAUAGUUAAGUUGAGUUUAGUUUAUUAAUGCAUUUAUCAUAAGUAAUAUGAAGUUGUGUUCUGUGAGAGACCAAAUCUUUGAAGUAUUUACAAAAAUGUCUUACUAAUUCACUAUACUGUAGCUGAUGGCCUAAAAUACGUCUAUAGUCGUUAUUUUUCGACCUUAUUAAUGUAAUGUGCCAAAAUAUGUGUGGAGUUCAAAAGAUUAAUGUUAGUAGAUUUUCAUAAUAAUUACUAUUAAUAAUUAUUCUAUUUACACGUCAAUUCUUAUAACUAGUGAACAUUCGUAGUUGUAUGGCGUUUUUCAUAUAAACCUAUUUAUCACGUAUGCAAAUUAUUUACAAAAAAUAGUUAAAUUUACAAAAAUUAUUAAAAUAUUAUAACCUGUAAUCUUUAUAAAACAAUAUUUAAAUCGUGUUAUAUAAACACCAUAAAUAACCAAUGUCAUAAUUACUAAUAAC